AUGAGCAACUACUCGGCACUCUUCUUCCAAAGACGGCACUCACGGGAUGCAUGUCCGAAGCCGUGCAUACAAGCGCUGGAUGCGGAACAAGUCCGAACAAUAGAAACCCACGCCAGACCGGCCGCCCGCCACGCACAGCGCUCGCGAAAAAAGACCAUUUGCGCCAAUCACCACUGCCGCACACGCAAACGCGACCGGCUCGCUUCUCGCUUUUCUGGACAUGUCCGGGGAGCACAUGGGUGGCAGUCCGGAGGCAGGGCUGUCUGCAGUACGCCGGUGGCCGGCCACUCUCAUUCGCCAACUCCGAAAUCUGGGGUCGAUGCAUCUGCAGGUGCUUGUGUGGUGAAAAAAAAAACGAUCUGGCGGUGGUGUAGAACCUGGGGUAAGAGCAAAUCCGAAAAAAAAAAGAAGGAGCAGAUGAAACGAGAUUCACGUUCAAACACUAAAAAAGUUUCACGGGCUCAAUGCCCACCAGUGCACCGCCAAACGUACCGCCAAUACAGACUACUGGGGGCCUAA